AUGGCAGUUUCCUCAGGUUUUGUUGCCACCAUGGUGAUACUUUUUGGUGUGGUUUUGGUACCUGGGGUCAUUGUCCCAGCGGUUGAGGCCAAGUCAAGGGCUUUCUUUGUGUUUGGAGAUUCACUCGUUGAUAGUGGUAACAACAAUUACUUGGCCACCACUGCACGAGCUGAUUCCCCUCCUUACGGCAUUGACUAUCCAACUCGUAGACCAACUGGUCGUUUUUCCAAUGGCCUCAACAUUCCUGAUCUUAUCAGUGAAAAAAUGGGUGGUGAAUCCGUGUUGCCAUAUUUGAGUCCACAACUAAAAGGUGACAAUCUUCUGAAUGGAGCCAAUUUUGCUUCCGCUGGAAUCGGCAUUCUUAACGACACUGGAGCUCAGUUUCUGAACAUAAUCAGAAUGUAUAGACAGUUGGACUAUUUUGAAGAGUACCAGCAACGAGUGUCCAUUCUAGUUGGAGUAGCGCGGGCAAAGAAACUUGUGAACCAAGCAUUGGUCCUCAUCACUGUCGGUGGCAACGAUUUCGUAAACAAUUACUACUUGGUACCAUAUUCUGCAAGGUCUCGUGAGUUUUCGCUACAGGAUUAUGUCAAAUAUCUCAUUGUGGAGUACCGUAAACUCUUGAUGAGACUAUAUGAUCUGGGAGCUCGAAGAGUAAUUGUGACAGGAACUGGGCCAAUGGGUUGUGUUCCUGCAGAAUUGGCCAUGCGUGGAACAAAUGGAGGAUGUUCUGCUGAACUUCAACGAGCAGCAUCACUGUACAACCCUCAACUACAACACAUGAUACAAGGACUCAACAAGAAAAUUGGCAAAGACGUUUUUAUCGCUGCAAAUACAGCACUAAUGCACAAUGAUUUCGUAAACAACCCUGGAGCAUAUGGAUUUACGACCUCAAGAAUUGCUUGCUGUGGGCAAGGACCGUACAACGGAAUUGGGUUGUGCACACCACUCUCUAACUUGUGCCCAAACAGAAACUUGCACGCGUUUUGGGAUCCAUUCCAUCCAUCCGAAAAGGCUAGCAGACUCAUUGUGGAGCAGAUUAUGUCGGGUUCUAAACGAUACAUGAAACCAAUGAACCUCAGCACCGUCCUAGCAUUGGAUGCUACAAAAUGA